CCAUUUAUAUUUUUGUUUUUGUUUAAACGAUUUAUAUAUUCAAUAUUAAUAAUGUCUAUUUCUAGAUCGCUUCCUCAAAGUAAAGAAGCAUUAUUAAAAUCUUAUAGAACGCGUUUAAAAGACGACGUAAAGAGUAUGUUAGAAAAUUUUGAAGAAAUCGUAAAACUAUCGAAAGGUGAACACGAUACACAAUUAUCAAGAAUGACUCAAUGUGAACAAGAUACAUACGAAAUGCACGUUAGAGCCGCUAAUAUAGUUAGAGCUGGCGAAUCUUUGAUGAAAUUGGUGUCUGACAUCAAACAAUAUCUUAUUUUAAACGACUUUCCUUCAGUUAACGAAGCUAUAACACACAAUUCCAAAGUAUUCAGGUCGAAACAAGCGGAAUGCGAUCAGAAAUUGAUGUCUUUACGUGACGAUAUGGCCGCUGAUCUUUACGAUCUCGAAGAGGAAUAUUACAGCAGUAUCAAUAAAUAAUCCUUUUAUAUAUUUUCUGAUGUUAAUAAAAGUUUUUUUUAUA